AUGGAGUCUCUCUCACGUCCUUUUCUCCCCAGAAAACUUUCCAAUGCAACUACCUUCUCACCCAGAAACUCCUACGACGGCGUUUUUUCCGGCCACCGCCACAACUACGCCGGAGCUUCACCUAUUGACGUUCAAGACUACCGUGAGAUUUUCGCUAACUCCUCAGCUGCUUCAUCGAUUCCUGUGCUUGAUCUUUCGACUUUAAGAGAACCCUCUUCUGAUGCUUUGAACUUGAAUUUGCACUUGAACUUGAACUUCCGGAGUUCGGAGCCGGAUUACUCUAAGAUUUUCGGUGGCAUUCGUGACGAAGAUGUCGCUGUUUCUUAUGAAGAACUAUUUGCUCGCGACAAAGCCAGGGCUCCUUCAUCAAAAACAUCAUCUUCACCAGAUUCAGAUAAUUUGUCUCAUCACUCUGCUGAUGCCUUGAAGCAAUUUAACAUGUCAUAUAAUAAGAUCAGCCGAAAAAAUAAAGAUGGGUUAGAUCAUGGGACAAGACAUGUCACACAAUUACAUGCCAUACCUGGAUUUACCCGUUUCAUUGAUGAAGCAAUUCCUCCAUUAAUGGAAGCCAAGAAGCAGGAUUCCGCAGCAGUUCAUGUUAGUUUAGAUUCCAUUAAAAGAAGUAAACAUCAUCCCUCUACAGUAUCAUCACCUUCGUCUUCACCAAAUAACAUAGUUGAUCAUAAAGAUUAUCCAAAAAAAUCAACAGCUAUGAAUUCCGAGUCAUGUGAAAGUGAUGCUUCUGAAAGUUAUUUUGAUGCAGAAGGUGAUGCGAAUUCAGCUGCUUCUGCUUCUGCAGCUGCUCUGAAGAAAGCAAUAGAGAAGGCUCAAGAAAGUAUACGGAUUGCAAAAGAAUCAGUUGGAAGAAAGAAGAAAGGGCUUCGAAGCUUUUCAAGUAAAAGCUUCAAAGAUAGCUUGAAAGUUGAAGAACCAAAAUGCAAAGAUGAAGUGAGAGGGGUAUUUGAAAGAAGCACUGCUUCUGUUACAUCACAUGUUGUGGGUAGAAACCGUAAAUAUGGUGAUACAGUAGUUUUUCCAGAUUUCAUGGACAGUGAGAAACUUUCUGUUGCAAAAAGGGUUAUUGAUGAAAUACAUGGAAAAUUUUCAGAAUCAACUAAAGAAUCUUCGAUAUUGAAAGAUAACACCAUUGUUUCAAUUUCUACACAAGUUACACACGAAACAGUAGAAAUUGAUAUUUCCAGAGAAUCGAACGACUUAACUGUGUCUUUAAAGGUUGAAGAAGAUGAGAAGAAAGUACCCCUAGAAUCAGUUUUAUCAGAUAAUGAGAAACAAGAAGAGGUUCUUGAACAAGAACACCUCAAGAAUGCAGAGAAAAGUGAUGAUGAAGCAAGUGAUAACAUACAAGAAAGUAAAGAGAGUGAAGGAAUCUGUCAUAACAAGUUACAAAAAGACGAUUUCGAGAAGAAACAUGAAGAUAACCACAUAGGUGAUCAAAAGGUGGAAACUUUGGAACUUGAUCAUAACGUUAUCGAAGAAAUGGAAACACACAAGUAUUCCAAAGUUGAUAUGAACGAUAACAAUGAGGAAACAACUCAAGAGGUUGAUGAUGAUGAUACAGAAGCAAUGAAGGAAACAGCAGAUGAAGUUAUUGAAAAGACUUCAAUAGAUCAAACUUCCUCUGAUGACUAUGAAGAUGAAUACGAAGUGAAAUCCGACGAAACUAAUGGAUCCGAAGAGAACGAUGUUGAAUCCGAAUCAUCAUCUUCAAGAGAAGAAGAAGAAGAAGAAGAAGAAAGUCAAACUAACAUCCAACUUCCCCACAAUGAAAACCCUAAAAUCGAAACCACAAAGGAGACGAUUGAUGAGGUGGCAGCUAGAGAAAGGGAGAGGGAGAAAGACAGAUUAGCUGUCGACAGAGCAAUUCGCGAAGCGCGUGAGCGGGCUCGUGAAAGAGCCGAACGAGCUGCUGUUGAAAAAGCCACCGAAGAAAUAAGACAACGAAUGAGGGCUGACGCCCAACAAAAAGCUGCAAAAGCUUCUGCGCAGUCGAAGCUGAGAGCUGAGCGAGCCGCAGUCGAGAGAGCCACGUCAGAGGCUCGACAACGAGCUUUAGAGAAGGCAAUGACUAAAAAGCCCUUGCAGGAUUCUUCUAAUGGAACAACAACUUCUGAAUCGGCUUUAAGAAAUAAAGCCAAAUUGGAAAAGGACAAUCGAAUCAUGGAAAGAGCGGCUAAAGCGCUUGCAGAAAAAGAGAAACGGGAUUUGCUUGCUCAAAAGGAAGAAGCAGAGAGAAAUAGAUUAGCGGAGAAUCUUGAUGCUGAUAUCAAGAGGUGGUCAAAUGGGAAAGAAGGGAACUUGCGUGCAUUGCUUUCAACACUACAAUAUAUUCUUGGAGGUGAAAGUGGUUGGCAACCGAUUCCAUUGACAGAGAUUAUAGGGAGGAGCGCUGUAAAGAAAGCUUACAGAAAAGCAACUCUUUGUGUUCAUCCUGACAAGUUGCAACAACGAGGGGCAAGCAUUCAACAUAAGUAUAUAUGCGAAAAGGUUUUUGAUCUUUUAAAGGCGGCUUGGAAUAAAUUCAACUCCGAAGAAAGAUAGCAGCUUCUUAUCGUUUGGAAGAAAGUCAUGGUGUUUGGUUUUGGGGGUGAUUAUUUAUUUAUUCAAGAGAUGUAUUAUUUUCUUUAUUGAUGUUGUGAUUUACAAAAUGGAAAAGAGAAAAGAGUUUAGUGGUUUCGGGUAUAUGAUUUCUCAUAUGUCAGAGCACAUGUGAGAAGUCAUUAUACCUGGAAUUUGACA